UUGAAUGACAAAAUGUAAUGCCACUGCUUUAUGUUUCUAGAGAAAUUCUUGUUAUUGGCUGCUCACACAAGGACUCUUCAUUUGCUCUCUUUUAUGUAGAUCUGUUUGAACCCCAGCGCCGUCUCCCUGUGAAAAAGACUCGGCAGCAGCUUCAGCGAGAAAAAGCCCUUCUAGAGCAGAGCCAAAAACUUGGUCUUCAACAUGGAUCAGCCUCAUUACCUCCGGAGCAGCUGCUCUCCACACCCACACAGAAAGUUGCCAAUCAGAAACUGCCUCCUUCACCAGCUGUCUCUAGUCCUCUCACACUCGCCUCUUCCACAGGCAAUGGAAAGCCACAAGGUAUUGAAAGUCAGCCACAGGAACCGGGACUUCAGAAUUCCCAGGAUGGUCACAGAAAUGCCGAGGUUCUAACUCCAAAGCCAAAUUGCAAAGUGGAGAAAAAGAAAAUGGAAUUGCAAGAAAAAUCUCGUUGGGAAGUCCUCCAACAGGAACAGCGACUAAUGGAAGAGAAAAAUAAACGUAAGAAAGCCCUUUUGGCUCAAGCCAUUGCAGAAAGAUCUAAAAGGACCCAAGCAGAGACCAUGAAACUCAAGAGGAUCCAGAAGGAGUUACAGGCCUUAGACGACAUGGUGUCCGCUGACAUUGGAAUCCUCAGGAACAGAAUUGACCAAGCCAGCCUAGAGUAUUCCUAUGCACGGAAGCGGUUUGACAGGGCUGAGGCUGAGUACAUUACGGCAAAGCUGGAUUUACAGCGCAAAACCGAGACAAAAGAACAGCUCACGGAACACCUCUGUACCAUCAUCCAGCAGAACGAGCUGCGGAAGGCCAAGAAGCUGGAGGAGCUGAUGCAGCAGCUGGACGUACAGGCUGAUGAGGAGGCUUUGGAACUGGAGCUGGAGGUUGAACAGUUGCUUCAAGAGCAGGAAGCGGAGGCAGGCAAACAAGUGGUUCCUGUAGAGAGGCUGCGUCAGCCUGCUGGGGAGAGUAUGUCUGCGGGGUUGGCUGGCGAGAACAAAGAGCCUCAAGAGCAAGCUGCUUCUCCAGAGGCAGACAAGCCGGGCAAGCAUUCCAGCGGCCCUCCCCUUAGACCAGACUGCCCAGGUCGGGGAGCUAAGAACUUUUCAGCUGCUGUGGCCACGUGAGGGGCUGCUGUUUGUUCAGUUAGCAUAUCUCUGCAGUCAAUUAUAGCCUAUCUCUGAUAGAAGUUCUUUAAACCUAUUUGUGUUUGAAUCCAUGCUUAGUGUUACUGUGUUAACAUGUCUGGUCAUUCCAAGUCACAGGUCGUGACACUUUCCUAGCUAGGGAGUCUUGACUCCUCGGUGUUCCUUCAGUCCUUCUCACUGAGUUAAAAUAAGUGACUCAAAGGAUGGGUGAGCCUGAGGCCCUGGACUUGAUCUCCAGCACUACAAAAUGAACAAAACAGUAGAAGAAAACUACAUGGCUAGAGUGUUAGAGCAGGCAAACUCAGAGAAGCAGAGGGAGAGGUGAUGGUCCUCAGUAUGGGACCAAACGUAACUUGGGAGGAAGUAGUGAAACGGCAUGGUCUAUUUUAUGCAGUCAUUCAAAAGAGAAAAAUUACCAUGUACAGAGAGAGGAGAAGAGAAAACCAGAUUAAAUUACCUCUCUGGAUACUGUUAGAGUGACUAAAUACAACUUGGAAAUCACAGCUGAUGUAAGGAACUAGACAAUUUAAGCCAACAUUAUUUUUCCCUUUAAUUUGCCAGUAAAUGGUUUCUAGUUUGCACUUAAAUUUUGGUUAAUUGAUACACAUCUGUAAACAAACUGUAUGUGUAAUUUUGCUUUUGCCAGAUUCUGUUUUCCUCAAUCAAUGAAUUGACAGGUAAAAUUUAGACAAUGAAAGUGUUUCUAAAGAGAAUAUGAAAUGGAAAAUCCUAUUGUCACUUGAUUAUCCAACAGUGAUGUAUUCCCUCUCUAAAAGUCUGUAACAUGGGCAUUUUAUAUGUUGAGUAUUAAUUAUCCUAUCAUAAAGCAUUUAAAUUGUUGAAGUACUCAUUGUCUUAGUACUGUUAUAGUUUGUUGAGUUUCUAUUCCCUAAUACUUGACCACUACAUUGUGCUAUGUGUGAAUGUAUAUAUAAAUAUUUUAGUUUUGCCACAAAAUAUACCAAUAUUAUCAUAAAUUAUGAUCUGUUGAUCAGAAAUUACAAAAAUAAAAAAUGUUUUCAGUCAUAAAAAGGAAGAUAAUAACAGUUAUAUCCAUAAUACGUUAUAGAAAAGUUGAGGACAUCCUAUUUUUAAAUUGUUUUUUAAGGUAAUAUCUUCUGAUAAUAAGGGUGCUUUGUAUUUUUCUAUGACCUAAGUUGCAAGAAUAAUUUUCCAUUACUGACUUUUAAACACAAACAUUUACUUAGAUAGUAUUUUUAUUUAUGAAUGACAUACAUACAAAUUUAAAACUUCAUUGCCCAAUACAGUCUUAUUUUUCUAAAGAAUAAACAAGUCUGAUGUGUUUA